ACAAAAACAUUGCUGUCAUUUUUUGGACAUACUUUGUGUCGCCCUCUUGUCCAAUUGACGUCACUGUUGACACAUUGUAGGUCGGGCAUGUUAGUUUUAGACAAAGCCUCGACACAAGAAAAAGCAAACAUGCUUUCAUGAAGCAUAUGAAACGAAAAUACUUCGACAGCGUGGAAAAUAUCGACAAAAAGGUCAUAAAACAACAUAAAAUUGAUGACCUCAAUAAGUGCACGGUCUUUGAAUGACACUGUCACACUGUGCAUGAUGUUACUUUCCUUGUCAACCAGACCAUCAACAUCAUGCAUGCAGGUAAGGAAAGGGUAAACACAACAGGCCUAGCAGGUAUUUCCUGUGCUUUUAUGGACUGGAACACGGUGUACUUCACAGAUAACAAAAAAAACCCUCUUAGCACAACCUUCAGAACUCACUGCUCCAUGAAGGCCAGCUAGUCACAUGUGAACCACAUGGCAGUUAGCCCCUCCCCUCCACCCACACAGGCGUGGUGGGGGUGUUGAACCACCAGUGACCUCUUCAUCCACAUCUAUAAACUUAUUGAAGACUGAGGCGUCAAACUGCACCCACACUGACUCACUAUGAGAACCUCUUCAUCAGAGCGUCCCACAGGCCUGGCGGGUGGGGGGUGUGGAGGGGUGGAGGGGGGGGGUAGCGGGGAGGGAGGUGAGACAUGUUCUCGGAGGAGCUCCCUCUAACUCCCCUGCAUUCAGUUCUGUGAGGCUCAUCUCAUACUCGUCUACAGUAGUACGCUGAAUAAACAUUACUUUGCAAAUUAGGUUGUAAAAUAAUAAUAUAUAGUUAUAAUCCCCAUCAUCGCAGGCCCUUUCAGGCCUCCCUCUCAGAUGAACUCAAAUUAAGUCUUGAAUAUUCAUUAGGAACACAGACUGGCCAACGGGACACUCAUGUAAACAUCUUAAAUAUAUAAAUAAAUGAUUAGGGGAGGGUGAUGGGGAAGGUGGGUCUUGGCAGGUGGGUGGGGUCACCAUCUUCGGGAUGAUUUCUCUGUUCUCUCUCUCUCGCUCUCUCUCUCUCUCUCUCUCUCUUUCUUUAAACACUCAGGGAAGAAGCUCCGUCGAACAGAGGCCAGGAUGCAGCUGCUAUAUGUGUUCGUCAGCAGCAUAGCGGUCUGGACUCUUCAGACCAGCACUAUGACAGGCUCUACCCGGGCCACAUCCCUACUAACCCGGUCCAGAAGGCCAUGCUGGCAGUGGGCUCCGGCGUGGCAGCUCUGAGAGACCCAUACAGACACGACAUGGUGGCUGUCCUGGGGGAGACGACCGGUCACCUGGCCCUCCUGAGACUGAGGGACAGGAUGAGAGGAGAUCCAGAGGGCUGCACCAUCCUCACAGAACGACCGAGGAUCCGCCUGUCAACGUUAGACCUGGCCAGCAUGGCGUCUCUCCCCGAGGGCUCGUUUGGACGAGAGUACCUCCGCUUCCUGGAGGACAAUAGAGUGACCCCUGACUCCAGGGCAGAUGUGAGGUUUGUGGAUGACGAGGAGUUGGCCUAUGUGAUGCAGAGGUACCGGGAGGUGCAUGACCUGCUGCACACUCUACUGGGCAUGCCCACAAACAUGCUGGGGGAGGUGGCUGUGAAGUGGUUUGAGGCGGCUCAGACCGGUCUGCCCAUGUGUCUCCUGGGGGCCACCCUGGGGCCCCUGCGUCUCUCCGCAAGCCGCUUGGGCCCGCUGGUGUCGUCUCUGGGCCCGUGGGCGCUGAGGAACGGCCGGCGGUCGCGCUGCGUUCUCAGCGUGUUCUACGAGCGGCGCUGGGACCAGAGCGUGGACGAGCUGCGGCACCAGAUGAACAUCGAGCCCCCGCCGCUCGCCGUUAGCGCCGCCCGACCGCGUAGCAGCCGAGCUAACCGCUAACAGCUGCAUCAUGUAGCGGCUGUGCUAACCACUGGACCAUAUAGCGGCCAUGCUAACCGCUGGAUGAUGUAGCAGCUGUGUGGCUAACUGACUAACUGUCAGCGCCAUCUGCCAGCAGACACACCUGCGCCAACAUGGGAAGUGUGUUUUGUGUCGGACACAUAACCCUCCUUCAGGGAACAAAACCCUAAGCCGUCUCAGAAGAAUGAAAGAAAGGUAUUGUCUGCAUUGGCAGCAUCGCUGAAGCACAUGAGCUCCAUUACUAACCACAGGGUAAUGUGAUGAAUGCAGGGGGAAGGAGGGAUAAGUGAUGUGGUUACCUUCCCACAAGUCUCUCUGAUUUCAACAGCCCAUGUUUUUGAUCUAGCUGACUAACUCUGGAGGUUCCGCAUGGCUUGGUGCCUUGUGGGGGUGUUGAAAGCCCUGGUGCUUUCCAGGGUUACUAGAUCAGCCCCCCAGGUGAGUGGAUGAUGACUCUCAGCAGCCUUGCUGCUGGUUACAGCAGCUGAGCAUCCCUGGGCGUUUAGUCAUCAUGUCUCUCCUGAAUGACUGGCUGCCUGAUACUGUCUGGACAUGGAAGAUCUGCUUCACAGCUUGUAUUCUAGUGGUAACAAAUAUUUAUUUUGUGCUUCAUUUGGUGAUUUCCUGAUUUGUGUAUGUUAACUGUGAGAAACGGCACUGUGUUUUGAAUAAUAAAUGCUUGAUAAGUUA